ACGAGCGGAGCAUCCAGGCUGCUGGUGAUUUCCCUGUUGAGGAAGGAGAAGUGAGGCUGUGUGGGGGGGGCAGAGGAGAGGGAGGAGGUGAGACAGAGGGAGGAGAGAGCCGUGCUCAGACGACCAGAGUGUGUGUGUGAGAGGGGUAGAAACAGGAGGACCUGACUGGGAAACAAUAGAAGAACAAAUCCACCGUUGGGUCGAGGAUCUCCGCUCAAGAAAGUGAUGGAUUAACAAGGUGGGGAAUGGAGCCACCCUGCUGCCAAACUCCUGCCUGCAAGUUCUUGAGUUUAAACCUCUGCAGAAGAGGUGGGAACAAAGGCGAGUCUCAAGGAUCUGCGCUGUGAGAAACCCGUUUUAAGGAUCCGAGGUGUGAGACUUUGGUGCUGGCCGUCCUGUGAUCAGGAUCAGGAGCUUCUGGGUGUCCCGAUCAUGAAACCUGCCGUCUCAGUGGGUCCUCCCUCAGGCCUCCUGCUGGUCCUGAUGUGCUUCCCCCUGCUGGGCCUGGUCCAGUCUGCCAGCAGCAACAAGGCCAGAGACAAUGGACACCAGCAUCUGAGCGACCCCGACCCAGAGCGCUGCAUGAGGCACCACUUUGUGGAAACCAUCACGCACCCAAUUUACAAAUGCAACUCCAAGAUGGUGCUGCUGGCGCGCUGCGAGGGCCACUGCAGCCACACCACCCGCUCCGACCCCCUCAUCUCCUUCAGCUCCGUGCUCAAGCAGCCCUUCAAGAGCUCCUGCUCCUGCUGCCGGCCGCACACGUCCAAGUUGAAGGCGGUGAGGCUGCGCUGCUCCGGGGGGACUCGCAUCACGGCCACCUACAGAUACAUCCUGGCCUGCAACUGCGAGGAGUGCAGCUGAACGCACCCCCGACCAUCCAGACUCUCAAGCCUUUUUUUCUCCCAGUGACUUUGUCCCCAAACAUUUCCAGAGUGAUCAUUAGCUUCUGGGGAAUCCUGAUUUGCUUCCUAAGAUUGAGCGGCAGCUUUUGAGACAUACCAUCCAAAGGUCAGAUGCUGCUCCCACAAAGCGGAGCGGCACUCUGUAACUCCCUCUCUCACAGUACUAGUACUGGAGAUCAUAAUCUGCAUCAGGCUUCCAGCUCCAUCAAACACCCACCAUGCGUUUGACAACACAACAGCUCGCCUCAUUAGAAAGCGGCAUGGGAAAGGACCAGGGGGUCCGCGGGAGCCCAGGCAUAUGGUGGACUCAUACAAGACAUCUCACUCAGUCCCUGCUGACCCUCAUGUGGCUGUAAAACAUGACAGGAGAACGUAUUCCUGAACGACUGAGGAUGAUGUGGACUGUCGUUAAAGAUGUUUAUUUAAACUAUAUCUAUUGGAUGUCAUAGUAACUGCAGCUGCUUCCAUGCAGGACUGAUCUAACUGCUGCUGCUGUGUACUCUUGUUAAAACACAUCUACAGUAUUAUAUCCCUGUAAAACGUCGAGCUCUCGUGCCGUUCCUUCAGUCUGUGUCCUCCAGAAUAUGUUGUAAGUCUGUCUGAAAACUUGUCAGCACUGUGGUCCGUGUACAUUAAAUCUCUCAAACCACAA